AUGUCCGCAACCUCCACAAAUAUAGCUCAAAUAAACACGAACCCACCCCGUCUACUCCUCCGUCCUAUCUACCACAUUCUGCGCCCCGGCAACAGGCUGGUGCCUCUGAUCGCUGGCGACGAACUACCCAAUUGGCUCAAGGUCGUGGGUUCUUACCAUGGAGACAUGACGAACUCAGUAACGGUCAAUAGCGAACCAUACCCUCGAAAAGGGGAAUACGACAUUAUCUGCCAAUACUGCAUUGAUGCCACAAAGCAUAUGCAAGAUCAGAGCAAAGAUGAGGACACAGAUCAGGAAGAACAAGGUAGAGAUGCUUUGAGGGAACGUGGUUAUGCGCCUACAGCACAGAAUCAGUAUAUACAGAGGGUGCCGGCGACGUCUGAAGCUCCUGUGCAGCAGUUGAAGCAGCCACGCCCUGUACGGGCUUCACAACCACAAUUUCUGCAGUCGGCACAAUUCCCACAACCAGCACAGGCAAUGCAGACUCAACGGCCAGGACCGUCAGAUCUACCGCCAAUCCGGCCGGCACGAACAGUGCCCCCAUUUCUUCCAACAAUCUCGUCGCUAUCACUACCAUCAAUGCCAUCGCUAUCAUCGCAACUAUCAGGUCUACAACAACCACAACAACAACAAAUUCAAUACCCACAGCAACAUCCCUAUUACCUGAACUGGCACCAGGAGCGUGGCCGAACAAGGGACCGGGAUCAAGUACGCUAUCAUCCCUGGGACCAAAAGUCACCACCGAGACAGCCACGCCGUCGUCUCUCGCAAGAAGAGCUACAGCCACAGCUGAUGAGUAGAAGUCCAAUCGUCAUUGUGAGGCAGGGCGAGCAGACGCGUGGACUUAAUGCUACCGCACCUGCAUUCGUACCAUCCUCAGUUGCAUCGCUGGCUGCACCACACCCAGCUGGAGUACCGACGUCACUUGUCAAGAACUGA